UGAUAUACUGCGAUAUGGUGCAACCGACGGCGCACUGAUCUUGCGGUUUUAUUGAUACAAAUAAAAGAAGCUACAAGUUGGAUUCAGGGUAGCUGGAGGCCAGCCCUGCUCCCCCGGACUAGCGCCGAGUCCCGCAGGCUCGUAUUCUAGGCUCUAGCGCAGGCUGCUAAGGCUGCCAGCGCAUCGCUCAGCCUGACAGGCAUAUCCCUGAGUCUGACUUCUGCACGGGGCGGGGUAGAUUGCAGUAUGCCACCAGACGUCACAGCCACCGAUGACAGAGCCGCCAUGCAUCAGACUAGUCCAGAUUACUUAUUGACUCAUCCUGGAAAGACUUCGACCGUGGCUUCUCAUACCUUGUGCACUUGCCUUCAGCUGUUGAGAAUCUCCCAAAUUGCCCGAGGACAUGCCCGAGGACACCCACGAGGAGGCUGCUCCUGCUGCGGCAGGAUCCACGGCGUUUGCACGGGCACUGGAGGAAUACAUUAACAAACCACGGUCAGCCAAGAGCAAAACCCCCCAGUUUCUCCGAAAGCUACAGGAGCAGCAACGGUCGGGGACACCUUUGACUGGAGAUGUGAUCAAGACAGACAUCAUCCAGUUGGAGCGCCAGGCGGAGGAUCGCACAGCCGCUCGUGCGGCUCGUAAGAUCCUGAGUCCUGUUGUACAGGUGCUUAAUGCAUACUCGGGGCUAGUCGACACCCUUGUCUCUGCAGACCCGAUGCCCACCGCGAUUAUAUGGGGCUGCUUAAGGGCGGUCAUUGACUGCUCCCAACGGUUUCUCGAGCUGUACGAGAAGAUCUCCGAUCAGAUCAAACAACUAAAAACACAUCUCACGAUUCUCACAGAAUACGAGGAACUAUUCGACCACUCAGCCACCAUGCGGGAGCUAUUGCAGGCAUCGUACAUUGACAUUAUUCGAUUCUGGCGACGGGUCGAUAAGGAAUGCAAUCGCUGCGUGGCUAAUCGCGCCCUUCGAGCGAUGACCAAGUUUAGUACCGACAAGCUGAAUGGGAUUGUCACAAGCAUGGGAAACACUGCGGACUAUAUGAGCCGACUAGUUCCUGCCGUUCAAGAACGUAUGGACAGGGGUGAGCGGGAAAACGCAGCCGAAGAGCGCCGAGUGGCCGGUAUCGCUCGAGAGGAACAGGCAGCCUUCUUCAAGAUGAUGGCCGAAGAAAUGGAAAAACGGAGGGAAGAAAGGAAAAUCCAGAGGCAGGAAGACGUGCGAACAUGGUUGCGGGAUGGGUCCCUGCCGCUCAACGGGAGUAACUUUCGCCAUCGCGACAACAAGCUCGCCCAACGAAGUCUGGAUACGUGUGACUGGCUCUUCGAGCAUGCAACUGUGAAGGAAUGGAUGGAUAGCAACAGCCCAGCUUCUCAGUUGUGGGUCAAGGCGUCUCCGGGAGCGGGAAAAUCGGUCUUGACUGCGUACGCGGUUGAAAAAACGCAGGCCAUCGGCUCGGACAAAGCUGCCGUUAUUUACCACUACUUCACAUUUGAUGAAGAGUUUCCCGCUCUGAUGGUCUAUCGUUGUCUUGCAGAGCAACUUGUGAAUCGACUGGGAAAACAGACCGGUGACAUGCCCAAAGAGAUCCACAGAUUCACACAGGAAGGUGCCACAACUGCCAACGUCGAAGACCUAAAGCAGGUGAUCAAAAUGCUCCUUGAAGAGAUGAGCGUGACUUAUCUCUUUUUGGACGGCCUUGACGAGGAGUGCGAGGUGGAUAACAGGAAGCAGGAGCUGUUCAAAGUGCUAGACUUCUUUGGAGAACUCGGCCGCGAAAAUCCAAGCAGCCUACGUAUUUGGUACAGCUCUCAGCAGCGCACUUGCCUCGACUCCCAGCUGAAGUCUCUGCCGUCAAUUGAGAUUACGAAAGACUUGAACGGCCGCGAUAUUGAGCGAUACCUGUCGCAAAAGAUCGCAGACUUGGACAGCCUCGAGCUCGACCAAGGGUUCAUAAACUUGAUUCUUGGCGACUUGCGUGAGAAAGCCGAUGGAUGCUUUCUCUGGGCUUCCCUAAUGUUGGACUCCAUGUCGGAUGCCGUAACACUGCAGAUGAUUCAGCGGGUAAUUCAAGAAGGACUCCCUGAAAACUAUGAGAAGUACUACCAGAGAAAGAUUGACAGCAUCCAGCCGUCUCUCCGGGAGUUUGUUUCGAUCAUUCUUUCCUGCAUCGUGCAUGCAAAACGGCCCCUACGUCUGGAUGAGCUUUGUGAAUGUACCGCGAUGGUGAAAGGGCAGGAAGGACAGAAUAUCGACAAAAGUCAAAAGAUCCUCAAGAAGAGUAAGGUUUUGGAGCUGUGUCAGCCUCUUGUGCAAGUCCAGGAUAGUGAUGGGCCAGACGGCAGGAUUGCGAUCUGUACUCUCACACACGGUUCCGUCAAGAGCUUUCUGCUGAAGAAUCCUGAUAUUUUGAGACGCAACUCCAACCCGCCAGCAUAUGCUCUCACCAGCGACGUGUUGGCCAACAUUUGCCAGAAAUAUCUCCUACAGCCCCGUUAUCACCAGCUACUUGUUCAGAAUGGGGAGACGUUUGUUGACUCGGAUGGAGAUGACAUCCUAAACCAUCAUCUUCUUUCCUAUGCCGCCAAGUACUGGGAUAAGCACCUGGACAGCGUCGACUACUCCCUGUAUGUUUGUCAGAAAGCAUCAAAGUUCAUCACAAGCCCGCAAUUCUUCACCUUGUUGCAGAUCCAGAGUUUAUUCAUUGACGGCCAGUUUCGCUUCUGGUACAAUAGCCUGCGCCCUUGGGCUGGGAGACACAUCAAACGCGUGUUUCCUCACUGGCUGGAUAACAAUUGCAAUGAGGCAUUCUCGAAAGACUACGGGGUUUUUGUUGGAGAAUGGGGACCCCUAUUGGACGCUGAGACAAGCUUCAUGGGCGCCUACAAAGGAGAGAUGGAUAGAUGUUUCUUUGGGGCAUUGGGAUCUCACAACUUCCUUUACAAUGGGCCUAGUCGCUACAAGAGUUUGAUGUUUUCGAGCAAUGAUGAACCGAUCAACCCCGUUCGAUGCUUUGACGGGUUUGAUGAGACCGGACAAUGGCUGACGGUGCUGAAGCUACUGAAUCUGAAUAAUGACAACCUCGAGUUUCGCUGCGAACAUUGGCGUCUGAGUGGUCGCCAAUCCGAGCUUCAGAGAGCCCAGACGCUGCAUACGUCCUCCUCAUCCUGGCCUCUGUACGAAUAUCCCUUGACAGAGAAUGUGCCUGGUCGACCUCGCCUGGUUUCAUUUUCCAAGGACUUGCGAUUCAUGCGCAUUGGGUCUCAGGUGUUCAUGAAGGGAGCUAGCUACGAAUACUCGCCCCUUCCUAUAUCCGAUCCCAACGAAGAUUAUUUUGAUGAGAUGGCAAGCAGUGGCAAUUUUAUUGCGGUUUCAACAAGACGGCCACUCUCAAAGUCUGACAUCAAGGUCCCAGAGCAAGCCACUGAUGAAGUCAAAGUUCUGGACUAUGCGGAAAUUGCAAUACAAGAAUUAGAAGAGCAGGCGACUGAGAUGGACCAGCAAACGUUGGCUGCCUCAUCUGCCCCGGAUAGCACGGCACCAACAACUACUGUUACGAAAGACAGUGACAACGAUAGUGAUAGCGGGACUAGUGACACAGAUGUCACCUCUGCAUCUUCAUUGAAAUUGGAAGAUCCGGAGGACCUGCACGAGCCUAGCCAGAGAGAUAAAGCCUUGGAACUUGCAACAGCGCAGUCAAGCUGUACGGACGAACUGCUGGAAAACUCUUCACAGUCUGCUGGUAACUCGGCAUAUACCUCCUGGAGUGAGGGCUCUACGAAUCCCAUGUCUGAUGAGACGGACGAUGAAGAGCAAUGGAAUGACUGGGAUCACGAGCAUCUGGAUCCGGAGGAGCUCGAAAUUGAGGACUAUGGAAGCUUUAUUGACAGCCAAAGUGGUGACGACAGUGAUUCAGACAAGAACAGCCGUGCUCUAGCGCUAGAUGCUGAUAUUAAGAGUGACCUUUCGGAAUCAGACGCCGAAAGUGACGCAUUGAAAGAUCGGGAUGACCUUUUGCCAUCGGACAGCGAUUCCGAUGGCGCCGAGUCUAGUGUGGGUUCUGCGACGGAAUACAGUGUUUCUGAUGAGGAGGCCUCGGAAAAUGAAUAUGGCGUCCAAUUCGAAAACCUCAUGACCGGCAACAGAACGACCAAGACUGAAGGAACUCGCCGCACGAGCAUUCGGGUUUACGACGCUACCAGAAAGGAGCAAAUCCCUGUUUUCCACUUCACAUGUUUUAUCAAGGGCAGCCUGUUCGACUCGCCUCCAGUAUUCCAUCCUUUGGUGCCCCUUUUGGUUUGGCCACUAGGGGAUGGAGAGAUCCUGUUUGCCAACUACCAGAAAAACAGCUACUUCACGCGGGGACUGUGUAGGUCAGGGACUCGCAGCUGCCACAUCUUUAUCAAGGCCCAUUUCUCGCGUGACGGACGGCAUCUCCACUUUGCCGCAUUAGAGGCUCGUGAGGCUGCUAAGCAGGGUGAUGAGCCUGGUUCGGUGUUGCUCAGCCUGCAAGUAUCGACUCAUCGAUUGUCUGCUCGAAAGACAGCUAGCAGCCCACCUCGACUAGUUUCACGGACGACUAAUGAGCUCGGCAGCACGCCCAAAGUCUUCGCAUCGAAUAUGCCGUACUUCCUAACCUGGACUGACGCACACUUGUUCUUUACGCGCCGCGACGAGAAACUCGACGUCCUCCGGAUUCCUCUUUUCCGGUCAGCCGACUCCAGCACAAAGACCGUUAAUGUCUGCCACUUAAGAGAACCGAUCUUUCUCCCCCGCUCAACCGAAGCACGAGAUAUGUACUUCUUCCCGGCACAGCAAAGUUCACCAAAGAGUCCUAAGAAAAAGGACACCAAAGCUACGUUGAUUCUCGGCUCAUACUCUUCUCUUCCGAGCCAGGGUGUCCUGGUGCCCCGGCAUAUGUGCUACCCUCCUAUUGCAGUGUUUCUGCGCGAGGAUAAGGAUCUGGUCUGGACGUGUAAGGCCAGUACUGAAGAGACGCAACCGAUUAGCUCGUGUGGUCGGUUGCGGGGGAAGUUUGAGUCGUUUGAUCGGAAUGAGGACUGUGAUAUUAUUCCGUAUUUGUUCUAAUAGACAGCGGGUAGAUAGUCAGUCUAUUUACUUAAUGCGGUGGUUUUCCUAGAUGUUCGAGACUUUGGUAGUACAUGAUUUGCUGCUUUUAUCUUGUUUCUUGGCCCAACCUCAACUUUUCAGACUACGUCAUUCCACUCUUUUAGCCAUUCAAUCAGACUAGAUACUGCAUACAAGGAC